GCUUGACACUCUCCUCCUCAGCUCUCGGGAUUUCCAGAGUUCCUCCAGUUGAGGAAGACAGCAGCUGUUAUUUUCUCCUGAAAGCUUUUGGCACAGCCACCUUUUGGAGAAGUUGCUAGGGGUUUGUUUGAGGCUUUCUGUUUUUUUAUUCAGAUUCUCAAGCCCUGUCUGGCUUAAGGGAGAGUGAAGUGAUCUCUUAGUUUGCUGUGAAGAGUUCUUAAGAGUUUUUUCCUCUUCGGUUUCCGUUUUUUCUUGAACCCACUCGGCUCAAUCAUGGUGAUGUUCAAGAAGAUUAAGUCUUUUGAGGUGGUCUUCAACGACCCCGAGAAGGUGUACGGCAGCGGGGAGAAGGUGGCCGGCCGGGUGAUAGUGGAGGUGUGUGAAGUUACCCGAGUCAAAGCCGUCAGGAUCCUGGCUUGCGGUGUGGCCAAGGUCCUGUGGAUGCAAGGGUCGCAGCAGUGCAAGCAGACCUUGGACUACUUGCGCUAUGAAGACACGCUUCUCCUAGAAGACCAGCCUACAGGUGAGAACGAAAUGGUGAUCAUGAGACCUGGAAACAAAUACGAGUACAAGUUCGGCUUUGAGCUUCCUCAAGGGCCCCUGGGAACAUCCUUUAAAGGAAAAUAUGGUUGUGUAGACUACUGGGUGAAGGCUUUUCUGGAUCGACCCAGCCAGCCAACUCAAGAAGCAAAGAAAAACUUUGAAGUGAUGGAUCUAGUGGACGUCAAUACUCCUGACUUAAUGGCACCAGUGUCUGCCAAAAAGGAGAAGAAAGUUUCCUGCAUGUUCAUCCCUGAUGGACGUGUGUCAGUCUCCGCUCGAAUCGACAGAAAAGGAUUCUGUGAAGGUGAUGACAUUUCCAUCCAUGCUGACUUUGAGAACACAUGUUCCCGAAUCGUGGUCCCCAAAGCAGCUAUUGUGGCCCGACACACUUACCUUGCCAACGGCCAGACCAAAGUGCUCACUCAGAAACUGUCCUCAGUCAGAGGCAAUCACAUCAUCUCUGGGACCUGCGCGUCAUGGCGGGGCAAGAGUCUCCGAGUGCAAAAGAUAAGACCAUCGAUCCUGGGCUGCAACAUCCUUAGAGUCGAAUACUCCUUGCUGAUCUAUGUUAGUGUCCCUGGCUCCAAGAAAGUCAUCCUUGAUCUGCCCCUAGUGAUUGGCAGCAGGUCAGGUCUGAGCAGCCGGACAUCCAGCAUGGCCAGCCGAACGAGCUCUGAAAUGAGUUGGAUAGACCUAAACAUCCCAGAUACCCCAGAAGCUCCUCCUUGCUAUAUGGACAUCAUUCCUGAAGAUCACAGACUAGAGAGCCCCACCACUCCUCUGCUGGAUGAUGUGGAUGAUUCUCAAGACAGCCCUAUCUUUAUGUAUGCCCCUGAAUUCCAGUUCAUGCCCCCGCCCACUUACACUGAGGUGGAUCCCUGCGUCCUUAACAACAACAACAACAACAACAACAACAACAAUGUGCAGUGAGCCUGCAGGAAAAGACGCAUCUGUACUAGCGCAUUUCUUUCUGCCUCUCUGCUUGAACUCCAAUGUUUCAGAGACUCUGUCUCUACAGUGGGGACUGGGGACACCCCAGCCUCUGAUCCCCAUGAGAUGGGUGGUGAUCAAUCAGUAGGCGGGUCUCCGGCUUCAAGUGGUGCAGACCAGUGCCCGCACUGUGGUAUAGGAGUGUUUCCUGGGUGGAUAGACGAACACUCUAGAAAAAUUCAGACCGGGGCCCACUUUCUCAGAUGUUGGAAAUGAAGAAAUUGUUUGUAUUUUUUGAGUCAGGGUAUUAACUGGCCUUCUGGCAUAGUCUUUCCAAGGUUUUUGGUUUUGUUUUGAAGGGAAUUUUAGGUUUAAAUAACAGCAGACCAUGAACUUCUGUGCCAUGGGGGACAGAGCCAAUUUUCACAUACUAGGAAAAGAAAAAUCAAGGCCAAAACUUUGUAAAAGAGGAGUGUUUCUGUUUUUUUAAAAUUCAGUGUUCCCAUUUUAUAUCUUAGCAAAGAAAAAAGGGAAAGGCUUUCGCCGGCUGAUGCACAUGCAGCCUGUGAAAUACAGGGCAGGUGCUCUAGCUUGACUUAACCCUGAGAGCAGUGGUAGUUGCGCCCACUGAUGGCCAUAAAAGCCACUUUACAGCCAAUUGCACUGUGUAAUCGGAUGGGAGAAGCUGUUAUUUCCGUGUAACUCCUUGGAAUUGAUUCUAAGGUGGUGUUCUUAGCACUUUAGCUUGUCAGCUUUGUUUUAGUCUAUGUUACAGAUGUAAGCUCCACUAGUCUGUCUCUGAAGGAUUAAGCCCAGUGACAGCGAAAGGGGUUAUUACUUUGGAGGGUGGGUGGGUAGGGUCUCUAUCCCAGAACUCUGUAGACCAGCCUGGCCUCAACGGUCCACCUUCCUCUGCCUCCUCUGAGUGCUGAGAUUAAAGGCCCAGCUUGGUUAUUACUUUUGAGGCUUUCUCCCAAUGCACAGACUUCUGUAAUUCUGACACUAAUCCUGGACGACACUCUACAAUUGCGAUGCCCCAACACGGAUUAAGGCGAAAUGAGAACUGCAGGUUGUCACGGAAGCCCCCAGACCCAUUUCCUGUCCAGUGUUAGGAGAAAGUAUUGCUUUCACUGUGGCCUUCAGUGCACGAAACUCACUCAGCCUUAGCACUUUGUAACGUGUCCUGUGUCAAGCUCCACCCUGAGCACUCCACGAGAACUGUGCAGCCAGAAAGUGUGAGCUGAUGGAGGUUUCGUUUUUGUUGUUUUUGUAUUUUGUGUAUCUUUUUGUAUGAUUAAAAACUAUAUUUUGUACUUAUCCAAAUAUAUUUUCACCCCAAAGUGGGGCGAUUCUUUGUAAAAAAAAUAAAAGUUUUUUAAUGGCAAAA